AUGCAUCCUUCUCUUACGAGUGCUCUUUCAACAUCAAACACCAAUUCAUCAAUACCUUCCGAGAGGGUUCAACAACCACUCCAACGAGAGCACGACCAAAUAUUACAUCUUCCUAAUAUUCAAAAUUUAGAUCGAGAAAGCAACAAUGAUCAUCAUGACCUUUCAACCACAAGUCCCAGAUUUUCUUCAGAAAUUCCAAAAGGACCGAAAUUAAGUCCUCGAAGUUUCAAAAGAAAGAUCUUUAUCAAAGAUGAUUCCCAUAAAUCAUCUCUCGGUGCAUCAUCAUUAAUUUCCGUUCCCGAUACGUCCACAGCAGCAUUAAGUAUUACAAAAAUUCUAGCCAUCUACACAGGAGGUACCAUUGGAAUGAAAAAGUUUCCCGAUGGCUACCGUCCUGUACGAGGUUAUUUACGUAAAAAGUUGGCUCAAUUAUCUCAAUUCAACGAUGCCAGACAUCGGAAAUUAUAUUUGAAAAUGGCUGGAGUUAUUAAUGAUCAAGAUACAGAAGAAACUGAAAGAGCCAAGAUGGAUCAAUGGUUUUCAACGCCAAGAAGUGAUGACGGAUGUGUUGCUUUAUAUCAAUUAUUGGAAUUUGACCCGAUUUUGGAUUCAAGUAAUAUGGGCUAUAAAGACUGGGUAAAAAUUGCUCAAUGCAUUUCGGAUCAUUAUGGUGAUUAUGAUUGUUUCAUUGUAUUACACGGAACAGAUACCAUGUGUUAUACAGCUUCUGCGUUGAGCUUCAUGUUCAGACAUUUAGCCAAGUCUGUUAUUUUGACAGGAUCUCAAAUUCCAAUUUCUCAAACCAGAAAUGAUGGGUUUGAUAAUUUAUUAGGAGCCAUUACCAUUGCUUCGAAAUUAUACAUUCCUGAAGUUUGUGUUUUUUUCCAUAACAAGUUAUUUAGAGGAAAUAGAUGUACAAAGAUGGAUGCUGGAGAUUUGAGUGCUUUUGAUUCACCAAAUAUUGCACCAAUAGUGAAGCUUGGAAUUGAUAUGGAGGUGAAUUGGUCAUUGAUUAGACCUCCACCAGGCCAGAAUCAAGAAUUUAGAAUGAUUCCAAUUUCGAACAGCAAUGUUGGUAUGCUGAGAAUAUUUCCUGGUAUUAGUACAAGCUUAAUGUCCAACUUUUUCUUGCCUCCAACAGAAGGAGUGGUCAUGUUAUCAUAUGGAGUUGGAAAUGUUCCCUCAACCAGAUCUGACUUUUUGAAUUGUAUCAAAGAUGCAACAGAACGAGGAGUCGUGAUUGUGAAUUGUACACAAUGCUUCAAAGGAGCAGUGUCAGCCUCUUAUAAAACAGGUUCAGUGUUGUACGAGCUUGGUGUUGUGAGUGGAUCAGACAUGACACCAGAAGCAGCUGUCACAAAACUAAUGUAUUUAUUGAGCUGUGAUAUGGACUUGGAAGAAGUGAAACGGUUGUUGACAGUGGACCUUAGAGGUGAACUAACCAAGGUUGUUCCUGUUUCGAAAUAUUCUCUGAGAGAGAGGGGCUUUGUCAGUGCUGUUUGUAAGGCCUUAAAUUUCCAUGGUGGAGAAUCUGACAUGAAGGAAGUGAGUGAUGCGUUAUUGCCAGUGAUCAUGUGUAAUUUGGGUGCCAUUGGAGCCACGGAUGAAAUGAGAAGAUUAUUGGAAGUUGAAGGUGUUGAUCCAAAUAUUCAGGAUUAUGACAAACGUACAGCUUUACAUUUAGCUUCUGUAGAAGGACAGCUUGCCAUGGUGCAACUUUUAGUAGAGUUUGGAGCUGAUAUUAAUUGUAAAGAUAGGUCAGUGUUUGUUGUGAAAAUUACAUGA